UCUCGGUCCCGGUCCCAGACUCUUUUUAGUAAGGUUUUACAAAUAACUUGCUGCUAUUUUUAUUUAUCAGUAGAAAUUAGAAGGGAGGCCCACCCUGACCCGACCCGGCUUGAGAGCUGCGUUAAUAAAAGGGCGACCCGGCUCAAUCGGGACGGACGGCUUUCCAAUCCCAAUCCCAAUCCCAGUUCGGCUGGGUGACGUGACGCCCACCGUGGCAGCGGCCAUUUCGAUUCCAAUUCCAAAUUUGAAAUUCUUUAAAGCGCUCUUCCCUAUCUCAGUGGCGGAUCAAUCGCCAUUUUAAUCCUCUCCCGGCGCCGGCAAUCUCGCCGACGCAUCUAGGUGGUUCUUCCCGCAGAUAGAAAUACAUACAUCUACAUCUAGAUAGAUAGAGGACAGAAAAGAAGCUUAUAAUGUCGAUGGGAAGCGACAACACAUGGGUGGGAAAGAAGCCACUCAGAAGAGUCGGGGGAAUGUCAGAUGCCCUCUCCAUCGCUGCAGAUCUGGGUUUCUCUGUCUCCCCUCCACCAUCCCAGGAGGACAUACAGAAUCUAUCUUCUUCUGAGAAGGGGGACGACUUGAUUAGAAUCUUGGGAGAAUUGACUGCUGUGCAGAGGAAAAUCGCGGAUCUGCAAGUGGAGCUUCAGGGCAGAAAGGAGGACAAGAAUGUUGCUCAUCUAACACACGUGAGUGAAAUGGAGAAGAAGAUCGAGACUUUAGCUCGGAUCACUUCUAUUUUGAAAGAUGUUAUUCAGAAUAAGGAUAGGAUUAUAGCGCGACUCCAGCAACCUUAUUCCUUGGAUUGCAUACCAGUGGAGGCUGAGUACCAGAAACAAUUCUCUGAAUUGCUGAUGAGAGCAGCAAGUGAUUAUGGGGCAUUGACAGCGUCGGUUGCUGAUUUUCAAUGGAGCCAAAACUUUAAAGAACCACCAACGGUGUGGGGGGAAAUGCUCCGUCCAAUACCUGUUGCAUUGGCAUCUUGCACGCGGUUCUUUGAAGCCAUGACUGCAAUGAGAGAGUCAUUCGCGAAACUUCAAGCACUAAGAGUUGGUAGUUCGUCUCAGAAAGUGGUUGGGGAAGUGGAUUGCGUGACACCUACUACUUGGAGAGCCGAGUCAGGCUUGGAUGAUGUAGAAGUUAGAAAUCCCAGAAGACAAGGGAAUGAGGUGCAGGGAGUGGAGAAUGCAAGCAGUGAGGAGGUGGAUGGGGAGGGGGCAACCAACUCCAAUAGGAGAUUGUCAUGGCCGCCUCCCAUCACAAAAAGCGGGGUCUGAAAUGGCCCCCCCUCAAGCUUUAUUUGUUUUCCUUGGGUCUCCAUCUGUUUCUUCCCAUUUUUGUUGCCCCUCCUUUUGUCUGGAGAAGGAGCGGAAGCAGCACAAGCAGUAUGUAUGUAUGUAUGUAUUAUGUGCAUAUGGGAGUGACUGAACUCGAGCAGGCUGGCGUGUUGAAUAUACUGAUUCCACUUGUUGUGUCC